UUGGAGCGUGACGCAGACGCGACGACGGCAGCUGUACGCGACCCACUCGUGGCAUGCCUCGGCCCGCCAUCGCAACCCCGACAUUCACACCCCAUACAAUCCCAACACACACACACACACACACACACACACACCCACACACACACUCACUCGACACUCCAACCACCACUCUCACAUGAACCAAUGCGCCUCGCCCAAUAACACGCAGCCGCCACGAUGGAGUUCCUCCCGACCCUCCAAUCCGGCAUCGACGACCUCAAACCCUCGCUCUUCGAGCUCCUCUCCGAGCAGCAACUCUCCGCCCUCCUCCCCCCAUCACUACGCUACCUCCUCGCCGUCGCUACCCCACGAUACCCGCGCUACCUGCUCCCCGUGCUAAACUCGUUCGAUGAAGUCUACGCGCUCGUCAUGCUGCUGGUGGAGCGGCACUUCCUGCGCACCUACGGCGGCUCCUUCACCGAGAACUUCUACAGCAUGAAGCGCGCGCGCAUCUUACGAGUCAAAGGCGGCCAAGUCCCCCGAGCGCAACUCGGCGCCUCGGACAGCGUGCGCGAGGCCAGCCGGCUAAACACAGGGGACGUGUGGAAGAACCUCGCGGUGCUCGUCGGGUUGCCGUGGCUGAAGCGCAAACUCGACGAAUCCUACGACAUCCACGCCGCACACUCGGGCCUGCUGGGUCCCGGGUACAGCCGCGAACGAGAAGGUGUCCAGAGUGGAGCGAGUAUAAAGCAGAGACUGAUGUUCUGGUACAAGUGGUUCCUGCGUCGCAUCUACCCCAGCAUAAACGCCGCCUACUAUUUCUCGCUCCUCAUGUUCAACAUGGCAUACCUCUUCGACAGCACAAAGUACCACUCCCCGUUCCUCUGGAUGAUAGGGACGCGCAUACGGCGCCUGGGCGCUGCGGACCACGCUGCCAUCGAAGCACUCACACUGCCAAAGAAAGUCGGGCCCGCGAGGCCGGGCGAGGGAGGGAGUGUCUUCAGUCCGAGGAAUCUGGCGAGGAGCGUGCAGCCACGGCUGUUGAGCAGCCUGAAGAUCCUACUCCCGACCAGCAUCUUCGCGCUCAAAUUCCUCGAAUGGUGGCACGCGAGCGAUUUCGCGCGCCAACUCUCACGCAAAGCGGCGGAGAACAUCGAGCUUCCACCACCGGUCCUCCCCUCAUUGCCUCCGAGCACGAACUCGCAGAGCGCCGGGACCGAGAACAAGGAGAUGGAGAAGGACGAGAAGCUAAACGCGGCUGACCCCCCGAUCUCCGCUUCGACUUUCUUACCCAUCCUCACCGUCCCCCUCCCGUCCGACUCCGCGCUGUGCCCCAUCUGCAGCACACCCGUCACCAACCCCACCGCCAGCCCGACGGGCUUCGUUUACUGCUACACAUGCAUACACCGCUGGGUCGAAGGUGCGCAUGAGCGGCAAGUCGCGUUCAUGGAGGGCGUAGCGGGCUUUGCGCGGGAAGGCAGUGAUGCGGAGGUCGAAGAGUGGAGUAAAGAGGAGGGGAGUCGCGAGGGAAGGUGGGAAAGUGGGAAAGGACGGGAUGCGGUGACGGGGAGGAAAGUGUUAGGGGGAACGGAGGGGCUGAGGAGGGUCGUUGUAUAGUAAAGAUACCAUGAUAAUCAGCUGAGCAUGGAGUGCUACGAGAUCAGAU